AUGCCUAAGUCAACUUUUAAUCCAUUGCAUCAAGUAACCAACCGGCUUUUAAUCGAUCGAACCAGUUUUCUGUGGGUUCGGACUUGGACUUUCUGGUUCAUUUUUCUAUAUAAUCCUUUCCAUUAUAUAGCCUUGAGUCUCCACUGCCUUCCUCUUCAAGCUUUCUUCCCCGAUAACCAAGGUUUAUCCAAAGCGAUGUUGGAGGGUAAAGCGAUUGUAGGCGAAACCGAUAUGCUCCAUACGAUGCAGCAGGCUGCACUUCACUUGGCUGCAAAAGCUCUUGAUAUCUUCGAAGCCACUGAAUCGACUGAUAUAGCCCAGUUUAUAAAAAAGGAUUUCGACAGGGUGUACGGACCUGGGUGGCAAUGCGUUGUAGGGACGGAUUUUAGUUCGUUUGUAACGCACUGCCAUGGUUGCUUCAUACACUUUUGUGUUGGCAGUCUUGCGAUCUUGCUCUUCAGGGGUGCAGUAAAUCAAGCAAAAGAGGCAAACUUGUUCCAGACCUUCGAGGCUUUAGAUGCUUAGACGGUCCAAACUUAAAAUGUUUCUCUGUUUGCCUGUCGCCUAAAAGAAAGAAAACAACGUUGAAUAAUCGACUUCGAGUUCUGCAAA